AACCUGUUGUUUGGGGUGGGGAUGGUGGCCCACUUAAUAAAGUUGCCAUUUAAAUAACAUUCAAUGCAAUGCUGAGAACAACAUACGGACCAAGAGAUGGUACGGAGGCUUGUUGGAGUGGUCCAUGUGAGAAAUAAUGGAUUCCAACUUAAGGUGGAGAUGGGGUGGUGGUGGUGAAUGGAUUCUGUAGAUACCCUAUCUCACUGGUCACGACUCGGUAUCCUUUGCUGAUUUCUCCAGGCCUUGGAUGUCAGACUCUCAGUAUUCCAAGUCAACUCCUUGAUUACCCAACACCAGUUGCUCAGAGCAAAUGUUUUGGGUGCCAUCUUCAAUUUACUUUUAUACCCUGUAUCUAAUCCUUAAGUGAGUUCACGUAGUUUAACUUGAAUAUCCAGUUAUCUAAUACUUUUAACCACUGCCACGACUACCAUCCUAGCACAGGUGACUACAAUAGCUUAUAAUUGUUCUCCCGUUUUCUACCGUUGCCUUCCUGUGGUUUAGUUUUUUGGCUAAGAGCCUUUUAAGAGGGCAAAGCACAUUUUCUCAUUUCCCUGUCCCCCACAAACUCCAGUGGUUUCUCAUGAUGACUAGAAUUAAAUUCUAAAUCUGGUCCUUCACUUGCCCACUGCUUUGGCCACAGACUGCUUUGCCAGGACUUCUUCCCCAUCUUGGAGCUUUUGUAUGUACAUCUUUGGCAUGGGGGAGCAUUUCACUCAGAUACUGUCAGGGCUUAUUCUUUAUAAAUUUUAGGUCCUUGUUUCAUCCAGUGUCACCCCGUCCCCCGUCAGAGGCCUUCCGUGUUCGCUUCUAAAAUAGUGCCCUUAGUUACUUCACUCACUGGAUACUUUUGCUUAAUAGCAUUUAAAACAACCUAGAAUUAACCACGAGGGGCAGUAACAUUUUGGUCACUAUCCCUUGUGAGCAGAAUAGUGCAUGGGCAUAUUGACAUUUUGCUGAAUGAACUAAAAAAUUUCAUGAUGAAUGUUGGAUUAAAUGGGUGGUGCUGCUGAUGACAUUAAAAUUGGAAGUGUCUUAUCUGGGGAAGGGGUUUGCAUUCAGACAUCUGCGGUAUCCAGGAGGAAACAUCAAGCAGUUGAUAAUGCUUUUUGAAGUUCAGCGAUCUGCCCCAAAGUCAAGAAUGCAACACGCUAUGUAUAGGUUGUCCUUGUAGUCAUGUUCUUGGAGUUUACUGGAAGCCCAGGGGGAGUAAUUUCAUUUGACUUUGCAGGCCUAAUGGGAGCCUGCAAAGUACAGAGGCCGCAGUCAUGGGUAGAUUACAGGAUUCCCAUCUGUAAGAUCAGUACUGUGGGGGUGGAGGGACAAGCGAGACCAAUAAAAUAGGUCUGUCGGCCGAGUUUCCUCAACUUACGGGGAUCGGUUAAAUUGAGCACAUAGCUGGAUCCGUCGCGUCUCGCGUACCCAGGCUGACGCUGAAAACCCUGGACCUAGUGGGCAGGCCCUGGGGGUGCGGACAUCUAUUUUGCCCUUCUCAGCCAAGGUACCUUAGUUCGGAUAUGAUGAGCGUGAAGAGGCAAACCGCACCCAAUACCCCAGCUACCGCGAGCUGUGAGACUAAAAUGCGCAACCGCAGUGGACAUCUAGACCCCAGCUCCGCCUCCGGUGGCUUACGUCAUUACUCAGCGACAGCCUUGAGGAAGGUCCCUUCUCGCUCGCCAUCGCUGCGACUGUAAUGCGCUUGCGCACGUGCAGUGUACCAGUGCCUCAGAGCGGCGCGUGCCGCGGAGCCAGGCCAAGUCCGAGACCCGGUCACCAGGCAUCCGCUAGGGGCAGUUAGUUGUGCCUUCUCUUUCGGAGUUGUUCCGUGCUCCCACGUGCUUCUGCUUCUCCACUGGCUGGGAUCCGCCGGGCUCGGGACGCAGGUACCCAACGCGGGAUGGCCGCGUAUGGAUGCCAAGAUCGGUGUCUGUGUUCUUCCUGUCCCGAGAGGGGACCGGCCUCAGGAUGAAGGCUCUGCAUCCGGACGGAUACCUGGCCUACGCCGACUGUCCUCCACCCCUCUUUUGGGGCGCUCCUAGAUAACAGAAUCACCUCUCCAAUACGCAGCCGCUCUGGGCGCGUGCUUCUCGAGCAUCCUCGGGGAUUGCGUGGCUUGAUACUCACCCGCUAAGUGCCUGUAACUGGGGAGUCGGGUUGAAUGGUAAUAAUUUUUCACCAUGCAUCGGAAAAAGGUGGAUAACCGAAUCCGGAUUCUCAUUGAGAAUGGGGUAGCUGAGCGGCAAAGAUCUCUCUUUGUUGUAGUCGGGGAUCGAGGAAAAGAUCAGGUGGUAAUACUUCAUCACAUGUUAUCCAAAGCAACUGUGAAGGCUCGGCCUUCAGUGCUGUGGUGUUAUAAGAAAGAGCUGGGGUUUAGCAGUCACCGGAAGAAAAGAAUGCGACAGCUGCAGAAGAAAAUAAAGAAUGGAACGUUGAACAUAAAGCAGGAUGACCCCUUUGAACUCUUCAUAGCAGCCACAAACAUUCGCUACUGCUACUACAAUGAGACCCACAAGAUCCUGGGCAAUACCUUCGGCAUGUGUGUGCUGCAGGAUUUCGAAGCCUUAACUCCAAACUUGCUGGCCAGGACCGUAGAAACAGUGGAAGGUGGUGGGCUAGUGGUCAUCCUCCUACGGACCAUGAACUCACUCAAGCAAUUGUACACAAUGACCAUGGAUGUGCAUUCCAGGUACAGAACUGAGGCCCAUCAGGAUGUGGUGGGAAGAUUUAAUGAAAGGUUUCUUCUCUCUCUGGCCUCUUGUAAGAAGUGUCUCGUCAUUGAUGACCAGCUCAAUAUCCUGCCCAUCUCCUCCCAUGUUGCCACCAUUGAGGCCCUGCCUCCCCAGACUCCGGAUGAGAGUCUUGGUCCUUCCGAUCUGGAGCUGAGGGAGUUGAAGGAGAGCUUGCAGGACACCCAGCCUGUGGGUGUGUUGGUGGACUGCUGUAAGACUCUAGACCAGGCCAAAGCGGUCUUGAAAUUUAUUGAGGGCAUCUCUGAAAAGACCCUGAGGAGUACUGUUGCACUCACAGCUGCCCGAGGACGGGGAAAAUCUGCAGCCCUGGGAUUGGCGAUUGCUGGGGCGGUGGCAUUUGGGUACUCCAAUAUCUUUGUUACCUCCCCAAGCCCUGAUAACCUCCAUACUCUGUUUGAAUUUGUAUUUAAAGGAUUUGAUGCUCUGCAAUAUCAGGAACAUCUGGAUUAUGAGAUUAUCCAGUCUCUAAAUCCUGAAUUUAACAAAGCAGUGAUCAGAGUGAAUGUAUUUCGAGAACACAGGCAGACUAUUCAGUAUAUACAUCCUGCAGAUGCUGUGAAACUGGGCCAGGCUGAACUAGUUGUGAUUGAUGAAGCCGCCGCCAUCCCCCUCCCCUUGGUGAAGAGCCUCCUUGGCCCCUACCUUGUUUUCAUGGCAUCCACCAUCAACGGCUAUGAGGGCACUGGCCGGUCACUGUCCCUCAAGCUAAUUCAGCAGCUCCGUCAACAGAGCGCCCAGAGCCAGGUCAGCACCACCGCUGAGAAUAAGACCACGACGACAGCCAGAUUGGCAUCAGCGCGGACACUGCAUGAGGUUUCCCUCCAGGAGUCAAUCCGAUACGCCCCCGGGGACGCAGUGGAGAAGUGGCUGAAUGACUUGCUGUGCUUGGAUUGCCUCAACAUCACUCGGAUAGUCUCAGGCUGCCCCUUGCCUGAAGCUUGUGAACUCUACUACGUUAAUAGAGAUACUCUCUUUUGCUACCACAAGGCCUCUGAAGUUUUCCUCCAGCGGCUUAUGGCCCUCUACGUGGCUUCUCACUACAAGAACUCUCCCAAUGAUCUCCAGAUGCUCUCCGAUGCACCUGCUCACCAUCUCUUCUGCCUUUUGCCUCCCGUGCCCCCCACCCAGAAUGCCCUUCCAGAAGUGCUUGCUGUUAUCCAGGUGUGCCUCGAAGGGGAGAUUUCUCGCCAGUCCAUCUUGAACAGUCUGUCUCGAGGCAAGAAGGCUUCAGGGGACCUGAUUCCAUGGACAGUGUCAGAACAGUUCCAAGAUCCAGACUUUGGUGGUCUUUCUGGUGGAAGGGUCGUUCGCAUUGCUGUUCACCCGGAUUAUCAAGGGAUGGGCUAUGGCACCCGUGCUCUGCAGCUGCUGCAGAUGUACUACGAAGGCAGGUUUCCUUGUCUGGAGGAAAAGGUCCUUGAGACACCACAGGAAAUUCACACCGUAAGCAGUGAGGCUGUCAGCUUGCUGGAAGAGGUCAUCACUCCCCGGAAGGACCUGCCUCCUUUACUCCUCAAAUUGAAUGAGAGGCCCGCUGAGCGCCUGGAUUACCUGGGUGUUUCCUAUGGCUUGACCCCCAGGCUCCUCAAGUUCUGGAAACGAGCUGGAUUUGUUCCUGUUUAUCUGAGACAGACCCCGAAUGACCUGACCGGAGAGCACUCGUGCAUCAUGCUGAAGACACUCACUGAUGAGGACGAGGCUGACCAGGGAGGCUGGCUUGCAGCCUUCUGGAAAGAUUUCCGACGACGGUUCCUAGCCUUGCUGUCCUACCAGUUCAGCACCUUCUCUCCUUCCCUGGCUCUGAACAUCAUUCAGAACAGGAACAUGGGGAAGCCAGCCCAGCCGGCCCUGAGCCGGGAGGAGCUGGAAGCACUCUUCCUCCCCUAUGACCUGAAGCGGCUGGAGAUGUAUUCACGGAACAUGGUGGACUAUCACCUCAUCAUGGACAUGAUCCCGGCCAUCUCCCGCAUCUAUUUCCUGAACCAGCUGGGGGACCUGGCCCUGUCCGCGGCUCAGUCGGCUCUUCUCUUGGGGAUUGGCCUGCAGCAUAAGUCUGUGGACCAGCUGGAAAAGGAGAUUGAGCUGCCCUCAGGCCAGUUGAUGGGACUUUUCAACCGGAUCAUCCGCAAAGUUGUGAAGCUGUUUAAUGAAGUUCAGGAAAAGGCCAUUGAGGAGCAGAUGGUGGCAGUGAAGGAUGUGGUCAUGGAGCCCACAAUGAAGACCCUCAGUGAUGACCUGGAUGAAGCAGCAAAGGAAUUUCAGGAGAAACACAAGAAAGAAGUGGGGAAGCUGAAGAGCAUGGACCUAUCUGAAUACGUAAUCCGUGGGGACGAUGAAGAGUGGAAUGAAGUUUUGAACAAAGCUGGGCCGAACGCCUCGAUUAUCAGCCUGAAAAGUGACAAGAAAAGGAAGUUGGAAGCCAAACAAGAACCCAAACAGAGCAAGAAGUUGAAGAAGAAUAGAGAUAGAAAGAACAAAAAAGAUAUGAAACUGAAGCGGAAGAAAUAGUGAAGAGAAACUUUGGCAUCAGUGUUUGAUCAUGGGAAGAUACUCUCACUUCCUGAACCCUCUCUGGCUGGACUGUUAAAAGCAACAAGAGUCCCCGGCACACCUGCAAACUGGCUGCGGAUUCAGCCUCCAGGCCUGUGUCAGUCUGUGAGCUCAACCUGGCUGAAGGCAGAGUCACUCCCAAAUGGGUCUCCUUAGAACUUGAUGGCUGGGCACUGCCACCUAGAAUUGCUAGGAGUCUCUCUCUCCCCAACCAGUCCAGGGCCCUCCUUUCCUAUAAGUUCAUAUUUUGCUUUGGGCCAGCUUUUUAGGCUCAUACCCGCACACGUGGAAGCCAUGUUGCCUCUCGUCCUCCUGAGGCCCUUAAGUACAUCGCUUUCUGGUGGUGCCCAGGGGGCUGCUGCUGGGCCGCUGGGUCUCUCUUUGUGGCCUUGUGCCUGGAGCAGGAGGACCUCCAGUCCGUCCCGGCAUCCCUAGCAGCACGCAGUUAGGUGCACCGGGGUUUGCUGAUGCAGUCUUGUGCUGUUCCACUCUUGGCUCCAGCAGAGCCACUGUCCCAGAAACACCUGAGCCUGUAGUUUGUGUAGGAUGCCACAUCUGCGUCCUCAAGACCUGUUAUCUCAUCCAUUUGGGAAAAGAUGUUGGGAAAGGCCAUUUUGCUCGCAGGGGUGAGGGGAGGGAUAGAGAAUCUAUUUUUAAUAAAUAAUAUUCUAGAAAGA